AUGGUUAAAGAAAUAACCCCUUUACAGUUACCCCCCAUCGGACGGCUGCAAUUGGCUGAAUCCGGCGGCCCAGAAAGGCUAGGGUUCUUCGAUGGGGCUCAAGCUGCGAGCAGUGCCGAUCACGGAGGUGAAUUUCCGGCCUUUUGGCCAGCUCCUGGGAAAGAUCGGCGACGGAUGCGAAUUCUACCUCAUGGAGCUCAAGAAAACGGGGCUGCGAUUCAAAAGGAUAACGCAUCACGCCAGGGUCACGCAGUGUCUGGGAUCAGUGGGAGCUCAUCCUUGGUUGUGGAUCACACUACCCACGUGUUUGAGGACGACGGUGCUGAUUAUGGUCGAAAGCCGCCUGCUUUCUGUCGAACACGAGCGAGCGGAUCGGAAAAGUACGAACUCUAUGCUUGGAAAGUUUCAAAACAGCGUAGUGGUGACCACAAUUUCAGAAAGGAGAUCUUCUAUGAACGUUCUGUUAGUGAAUUACAAUUGCGUAAGCGAAGUUGCUGCGAGUUCGGAUCUCCUAUGAACAUGACACAUUCGAGGGCGCUGUUGACGAGCUCCUCGAGGCUUCUGGAAUGCUUGGUAAGUCCCACAAAACCCGAAAACGUUAAGAAGUUUUCUUCGUCUGAGGCAGUCGCUGACAUUGCUUCCAGGGACGCCUCCAUUUCACCGUCUUCUCUAAAACGUCGCAAGAACCUGGCGUCCUUUGCCAUCAAGCUGUUCAGAAGCUCUACGCUAUAUCGCCGGAUACGAUUCAAGCUCCUAGAAGGUGCUGUCUGGGAUAGAAGCUCUGUGAUUUUUUCGCAAAGCCGUGAUUGUUGCGAUAGCACGCCUUGUUCAAAGUUACGUGUGUCGAGCCAGGGGAUUAUGGCUGCUGCCAAACCGAUGGCUGCCUGCUGUUCCUUGUCUGUGGAUUCCAGCACCAUCUGGAGGAUGGGAGAUAUGGCUGCUCCAAGCUCCAACUUUUCUUCGUCGUUAAGCUCACCGCACAAGCUUCGCAAAAUUGUGGCUGCAUGGACUCCAAUUGGCUUGCUUUUGCGCCUGAGGAGCCUCGAGCAAUUGUUGGGACACUGGAGGACGAGCAAAAAUAUGGCUUCCCCGGCUCUCAUGGCGAUGCUCAACUGGUGGCUGUUCGGUGCGGUUUCUCUCGCAAAUAUGGCCAUCAAGCUUUGGAUAACUCCUCCAGUUGCACCAAUGCAAUCUCUAAGCUCGUCCUCGGUUGCUAACAGCUUGAUCACGUCUACUGCCAGAGACCGUCCAGAAUCUCCUCCCGCGCCAGCCAAUGUCCUCAAAAGCUCGAGUGAUCGACGGAAUACUUUUCUCGACGUUCGUACUUCGAGGAAGUUCCAGUCUUCGUCUUGGAUAAACGCAACCAGGAUGGAGAUAAGUCCGCUGGUGUUACCGAUUCGCACGCAUGUCCUGUGGUCCACGGCUAGCCUGUUGAGGAUAGCGAGUCCGUAUCUCUGUUCUUCUGGCACUAUCUUCUCUCCUGCGGUUAAAAGGGAAAUGAUGGCUUCCAGGGAUCCAGGGAUAGCGGAAAUCCUGAAGCAGUUACUCCGGUGACGAAGCAGGUGAUCAUCUCUAAGAGUCUCUCCACAACUCCACAACUACACAGGAGGAAGAAAGAAAAGGUAGAGAAGAAAGUGAAGAAGAAUCAAUGAAGAAGACGAAGAAAGGAGCUAAUUACUUCUGUCCGUGAAGAUGAGUGGAGAGAGCAACUUCAAAGAGCUAAAACUUUCACACGACAAACGGUCAGACGAGAAACUGGAGCACUAGUGCUGCGAUUCCAGAUUGAUCAAUGUUGUUUGACAACAAUGAUCUGACACACACAAGACUGUU